GAUCCUUAUCUUCUAUGUACAAUAAAUCAUUUCGUGGAUAAGCUAGCUGCAAAUUUGAACAGCUUCUCUGCAAAAAAAAUGGAAGUUGUUAGCAACAGGUACAUUACAAUAAAGGGUCACAUAAAUGAAGGUGCACCAAAAGAAUCUGACUUUGAGAUAAAGACUGAAAGUCUUGUUCUUUGUGUGGAAUCUGAUUCUAAUGUUGUUAUUGUGAAAAAUCUAUAUGUAUCAAUUGAUCCUUACCAAAUUAAUCGUAUGAAAACUCAUUGCUCAUCGCACCAGGCCAUAGAAGCUGCAGCUCCUAUUGUUCCAGGCCAAGCUAUUGAAGCUUAUGGUGUGGGAAAAGUGGUGGUUUCUGGAAAUCCCAAGCUUGAGAAGGAUGACUUGGUUGUUGGACAUUUGAAGUGGGAAGAGUACACUGUGAUAAAAGAAGUCGACAGGCUGAACAGGCUAGAUGCCAUGGGGUUCCCACUAUCUUAUCAUGUUGGGAUUUUUGGGUCUAGUGGGCUAACUGCCUAUGCUGGGCUGUUUGAAAUAUGUAAGCCCAUUAAGGGAGAGAAAGUGUUUGUAUCUGCUGCUUGUGGAUCAGUUGGACAUUUGGUGGGCCAAUAUGCCAAACUUUUGGGCUGCUAUGUAGUUGGCUGUGCUGGAACUAAAGAAAAGGUGGCCUUGCUAAAGGAGAAGCUGGGUUUUGAUGAUGCAUUUAACUACAAGGAAGAAGCUGACUUGAAGUUGGCUCUUAAGAGGUAUUUUCCCGACGGCAUUGACAUAUAUUUUGACAAUGUUGGGGGUGAAAUGUUAGAAGCAGCAAUUUCCAACAUGAAUAAUUUUGGUAGAGUAGCUGCCUGUGGAGUAAUUUGUGAGUAUACAAAUGAUGAAAAGAAAGCAACACCAAAUAUGAUAGAUGUUGUUUACCACAGGAUCAAAAUUCAAGGUUUUCUAUCUCCUGACCACUUCAACAUCCACUCAGAAUUUAUGUCAGCAACUCUUGAUUACCUUUCCAAUGGCAAGAUUCAUUGCUUGGAGGACAUCUCCAAUGGUGUGGAGAGCAUUCCUUCUGCUUUUAUUGGACUCUUUCAUGGCCAUAAUAUUGGGAAAAAAAUCGUAAAACUUGCACGAGAGUAAUCAAAAAUCAGAAGUUAGGUUAUUAAUAGAGGGAUUUGUGUUUUAACUUUUGUCCUGUAAUUAAUUUGAGUGUGAAGAGUGCCUUAAAAUUAGUAAUGAUUAAUAAUGUGUUGCUUUGCAAAGUGUUAAAGAACAAUUUUUUUUAUUAAUUUUUUUAGUGGAGUUUGAUUUCUUUUCUAA